GAAAAAAGCCGAUCCGAAGAUUACAUCUUUUUUGCUAACGCAUUUAGACACACCGCGGGACCAGUUCGCAGAUCGGAAAUUAAAAAUCACUUGUUUCAAACAAAUGCGGCAAAGAUCAAACAGAAGAAAUAAGUGGAUGGCGAGUGACAAACUGGAUUCUGCAAACCGCGAAAGGGGAGAAAUGAUUUAAAUGAACGGCUCUUUUUACCCCUUCUCAACCUGGAAUUUCCGCUCAACAGUCUUCGGAAGCUUUGCAAGGCUAAGAAGUUUUUUUUGUUUGGUUUAUAUGCUUGUACUCGCUUAUUUCCAUGUUUCUGUUAAACCAUGGCGUGACGCGUCAGGCGCGCUAAAGUGCCAUUCAACUGCUAUAAAAGGUGCAGAUUUCAAGUUCUCUGGUCAACAUUCUUUUUCUGUUGGAGUUGCACUUGGAGGCUAUAAGUCAACUUGUUCAUUCACUCAGACAAAUCUGAGACCGAGGGCAAAGCCACUGUGUGCUGUCCAUCUGAGUUCCAUUGAUUUGCAUUCCAAAUGACCAAAGACUGAACCGUUUAUCAAUUUAUCAAAGAAAAUGAAAGGAAUUACUUUCUAGCAUGAAUAUUAUUAUUGAAUCGUAUCAAUAGCAUAUAUUGCGUCGCAUGGGAAACGGAAAGAUAUUGGACAACACUAUAUGGACUAGAUUUGAUAACGAAACGAUUUCCUUUUCUCAAACUAAUUUUAGUCCUUGGGGGUUAUCCAAGGAGUUGGGACUUAACUGAGAAGACGAACUUGAAGAUUCUUCUGUAUACUCAGUUGUGACUGAGACUCAAAUACUUUAUUUCCACUGUUGGGAAUAACUUUUGAAAAGGAAAAUGAAAAGGUGUUUUGUUAAAGUGGCUUGCUUUGUGGCUUGCGUACUUUCAAUCCGCUGUACGCCGGCGCCUGGGACCGAGACUCAGACGGUGUCCCAGGAUACGUGCGCUUCAUGUGGGCUUGGACAACCAGAAGAAUCGGGCCGGAUGGACAUAGACUUUUUGGAAGCAGUGAAGAGGCAUAUCCUGAACAGGUUGCAGAUGAGGGAAAGACCGAACAUCACUCACCCCAUCCCGAAAGCUGCGAUGGUGACAGCGCUGAGGAAGCUUCAUGCUGGGAAAGUGCGGGAGGACGGAAGGGUCGAGAUACCGAACCUAGACGGACACGCUACCUACAAUAAUGAAGUGCAGGAGGACACCUCAGAGAUAAUCAGUUUCGCGGAAUCAGAUGAACUGUCAUCGUCGAAGUCCAGCUUCCACUUCCUCAUCUCCAACGAGGGGAACCAGAACCUGUACGUGUCCCAGGCCAACCUGUGGCUGUACUUCAAGCUGCUGCCCUCCGCCUCGGAGAAGGGCUCCCGACGCAAGGUGACGGUGAAGGUGUACUACCAGCAGACGGCAGGCGCGGGCGGGCGGUGGGGCCUGGUGGAGAAGCGGGUGGAGCUGAAGCGCAGCGGCUGGCACACCUUCCCCCUGACGGAGGCGGUGCGGGUGGUGUUCGAGCGCGGCGACCGGCGACAGGACCUGGACGUGCGCUGCGAGGCCUGCGAGGCGGCCGCCGUGCUGCCCGUCCUGGUCGCCCCCGACGACGAGUCCCACCGGCCCUUUCUGGUGGUGCAGGCGCGCCUGGCCGACGGAAAGCACCGGAUCCGCAAGCGCGGGCUGGAGUGCGACGGGACAGGUGGCCUCUGCUGCCGGCAGCAGUUCUACAUCGACUUCAGGCUCAUCGGCUGGAACGACUGGAUCAUCGCCCCCUCCGGCUACUACGGGAACUACUGCGAGGGCAGCUGCCCGGCCUACAUGGCGGGCGUGCCCAGCUCGGCCUCCUCCUUCCACACGGCGGUGGUGAACCAGUACCGAAUGCGGGGCAUGAGCCCCGGCUCCAUGAACUCCUGCUGCAUCCCCACGCGGCUCAGCACCAUGUCCAUGCUCUACUUCGACGACGAGUACAACAUCGUCAAGCGCGACGUGCCCAACAUGAUCGUGGAGGAGUGCGGGUGCGCCUGAGGCUCGGACUACUCCCGGACUCCUGUCGACGGGGAGCAAGAAUAACGUUACGAAAAUAAUCAUAGUAACAAAGUAAUAUUUAUGAACUUUUUUCUUUUUGUACUAUAUACAUAUAUAUGCGUGUAUACACACAGACACAUAGAUGUUCUCUACUCAUGGACGCACUUACAUGUGUGCGCGCGCACAUACACUUACACACACACACACACGCACACACACGCACACACGCUCAUGCGCAUUCACAGGCACGUUUGAACACUUGUGUACAUAUAUUUAUGUUUGUUAAUAUCCUCUGGAAAAUAUGUCCUAUAAGUUCCGCCUGCAUGCACGCAAGCCAAUCCCAAUGUUACAUAUGCAGAGGUGCAGAGGUACCUUAGGUCUUGAUGUCAAAGGGAUGUAUAGGAGAAUAGUAAUCGUCAGAUUAUAUUUUUCUAGUUUGCCAUUUCUAUACAAAAAAUGGAGAGUUCUUCGACAUUCUGAUGAGGACGGAAAGAGCCUGAGACUGCCAAUGAAGGAGGUUUACCAGACUGCCAAUACUCACUUAGCCUCUUUCUAGUUUAUUCUCCAGAAAAAAUAGAAAAAAAAAACAACAAAAAGCACUGACAGCUCAACACUGAAACAACUUCUCUAGAAAACAACAUCAGCACUUCUGACAAGGAAUAAUACAUCACCGCUCUUUUUUUCUCUCCCAGUGAAACACUCCUACAGUAUGGCAAAUUCAGAACGACCAGAAGCAAUGGGAGUUGUCCUGUCAGUUUUCCUUACCUGCCAUCUGAAACGUUCCAGUCUCCUCAGACCUGUCUUGGGAAGAGGUCGUGAACUAACACUGCUGCCAGACUAAGUACUGACAGCGUAACCGGACUGUCUCGCACCCAGGAAGUGGAACCGUUAGACAUGGUGGGCAGGCCGGCUGUAAAUACAGAGAGACGGACCUUGCGUCACAUCAUAAAGCUUCCCCUGCUCAUAGGGUUUGUAGCAUCCUUUAAAAAAAGAUAUCCAAUGUACUUAAACAGCUGAUGCAAAGAAUCUCACUUUGUCUCUUCUCAAUCAGCCGAAGUGAAGAGUUGCCAUAUUGCUCAGUUGGUUAUGGAACAGCAUAGCACUUGUAAAUCUCCUAAAAUGCACAUUUUAUAGCACUUGCAGAUUUGAAAUGCCUUUUAAAGGGUACUAAGUGGUGCACCUACCCUUGCUCACUGUUCUAUUAAAAUAAGUGCCGCAUGAGCUAUGCAAUGUAUAGUAUUGACCCAUACCAGACAAACUGAACUUUUGUAGUUUUUAACUUUUAUCAAUACUUGAAUUGUAAUCUUUCGCUCUUUCUUCAAAGCGAAUGAUUGUUACAAUGUUUGCACUGAAAAGUUGCGUGAUUAGUUUAAAAAAACUGCCAUUGAAAACAAAGUUAUUUUUAUAGAAGCAAAUUGAAUUCUGUUCAAAUGUAUUAUACCUAAUGAUGGAACCAAAGAGGCCAAGAUUUUAGCUAUUAUAAGAUGGCGAGGCCAUCGCAUUAUUUUGUAAAAUACUCUGUGAUAAUUUGAGAGGCCUAAACACUGUAUCAGGGUACAAUUUUAUGGAUUCCAUUUUCAGCUCCAAGUCUUUUCUAUUUUGUAUAGUAGACAAAUGGAAUAUUACAUCUUUUUUCAUCAAAAUUAAUUCAUUUUCAGUUUUCUAUUUAAUAAAAGUACUUUUUAGUUCCUGUGCCAGAAUCAUUUAGAAUCAAAUAAAUGUCAUCUCUGUACAGUUUAUGUAAAAUAUAAAGAUGCUUUUAAAAUAUUUUGUUCUUUGUAACUGUUAAGAAAUAAAAUUCUUACUCUGCA